AUGGACAAUAGGGUAAAAGUGGUUGCUCAAUACACCGUCAGAAAGAAGAGUGCAGGUGGUGACUUUGAAGGAACUUCAACUAAUAUGGAAUCAGAAUGCAGUCGGCGCGGGUUGAAAGGAAAUGAUUUAACGGAUGCUUUAUGCAUUGUACAUGAUAACAAUAACAAUCCCCUCUCAAGCAGGGGUGAGGGAGCGUACGUUAGGAACAAAAUCCUGAAGGGGCGUGUAGAGCGGCGCAACCGCGGUGGGCGGACAUUUUUUGCAUACUAUAUUUUGACAUGUCAAAGAUAA